AUGGCCACCUACUCGACAAUCCCCGCCUCCGAGGAGCCCCUUGUCGCCGACAAGCCCCAGGGCAAGAGCAUCAAGGCCCUCGUCAUCGGCGCCGCCGUUGCCUCGUUUGUCCUCGGCGCGCUGGCCGCGACGGUCGUCACGCCCUCGGCGCCCCGCGCGUCCGCGGCGCUCUACGAGCAUGAAGCGAAAAUCAAGAUGGAGUUGUAUCCUAACAAGUGCGUCGCCGUCGCUGAUGGAAUUCACCGUGGGGCUCCGCUCAAGAUCGAGAACUGCAAGGACACCCCCCGCCAAGCGUUCGUCGCGGAUAGCGAGGGCAUGGAGAUUCGCGUACAAGGCACGGACCUCUGCGUCGCCCUUCUUGGGGACUUUGCCGACACCGCGGGGUUUUUGAUGAAGGAGGUGAUGAAGGAGGGUUCCACGCCUACUUUCGGCCUGGAACAGUGCAUAAUCAAUGAGUCGCGCAAGCUCACCUUCGACGGCAUCAACAAAGACGGCAAAGCGAUCGAGCUUACUCUUCCGGGUAAGCAAAAGUGGCCCAUAUCCGCCAACAAGGACGGCAAGAUUGAUAAGUAUGAACACGUGAAGGUGUGCAUGAUGCCUCAAAUCAUGGAUGAGAAGAGAAUCGACGACAAGCAUUUGGACCUCGAAGAGAAAUUAUAUGGUGCUGCCCUCAUGGGACUUCCGUGCAAUAAGGUGGACCCCGUGAAUUUCUGGUACGUCGACACCAAGAAGCACACCCCGUACCAGUACCCGAAGCCGAAGGGCGUCACGAUCCCGGGAAAAGUCUGGGACUCGGACAACGGGUCGUGGGUCGACAAGGAGUGA